CGCAGCGGUCCUCACGAUUCACGAGGUCCUUCGAAUGUAUGGCGCGAGUACAUGCCAUGUUGAUAUGGAUUUUAGAAAUGAUACAGGACUGACACAAGCAUGACAAAAUGUUUUCCCUCAAACAGAAUAGUUGGUUCAUAAGAAAGGUUGUGAUAUGGAGGGCAGUGGCGAGUGUUGCAUGGUCAGUGAUUCUCCUACCUGUGACAACUGCGCUCUUUCUGUUCUUCAGUAGAUUUAGCCUUUUUCACCCCAUCCAGUGUCUUUCAGAAUGCACAAGCCUUCUUACUGCCUCAAACACCAUCUUUUGUCUUGUCGUGCUGUGUGGAGUGGUUCUGAUGACUGGCUUUUUCAACCUGGAGUUCUACACCUUGGUUCCUUCCAUUCCGUGUUCACGUAUAGCUCUCCUGGGGACAGUGCUUCACCCACGACAGUGUGUCCACUCUUUGGUGUACUGCACCAUGGGGAUGCUGGUAAUGUGGUGUGCCUCUGUAAUCAUAGGUGGACGUUAUAGCACUCUAGGAACUCCAUGCAGAAUCGAGAGUGGUGAACUUGUGACCUGUCUAAAUGAGUAUCAUCUGUUCUUUCUCCUGUCUGGGGCCUUCAUGGGAUACAGUUACAGUUUUCUGGGAGUGGUUCAGAAUAUUUACUAUGUGUCCUUUCAGCCCAUACAACAAUACAAGUACCUCUACUUUAAGGGCUCCUUACCCAAGGUAGUGAAGUGCAGUGUUAUUCAGUCCUUGUAUUCAGCCAGGAAUUUCGCCGCUCUCUAUUUCUUUUUCGGGUAUGCUCCUAAGGCAUGGAUCUCCAGCACACUUAAUCUACAGAUAGACAGUUCUCUUCCACCAUUGGAUUCAUUGACUGGACUUCUAGACUCCUCCCUCUUCUACCACCUGUUGAUCAGUGGCACAUUCCUGUACUUAACCUGGUAUAUCAAUGUGCUUCUCUUCAGGAUCUAUGUCACAGAGGCCUACAGUUUUCCAGUACAGUCUACAUUUACUGAGGAUGCAGAGCUGUGUCUACCCAAAGCUCUCACAGAGAAGAACACUUUAGUCAUGAAGUUUUUGGCUCUGCAAGACUUGGCUCUGUUAUCACAACAUUCUCCCACACGUAGACUGGAAAUCUUCAGUCUAAGUCAGCCAGGUGGUCACCCCCAUAACUGGAAUGCACUCAUUAAUGAAUGCCUGUCUCUGAUGAGUGAGCUGACACACAGACUGGUGGCUCAUCAGGAUGCAGUUGCCUCUAAUGGCAGAUUCAAGUCUCAGUCUGCCAGCAGUGACACCAAAUCCGGCUCUUCAGCCAGCUCAGUGAUGUCAGGGGCAGAGGACCUGCCUGAGACACCACGACAUAAUAUCCCACUCAGGACUCCCGGAUCAGUCUUCCUCAAGUCAUCGGUGGGGGGCGUGCACAGCGCGCUGACUGCUCCUUUCACCCCAGAUCUGGACAGCCCCUUCUCCUCCCCUGCUAUUCGCCGCCUGGCUGGCCAACAGGAACCCCAGUCUCCCUGGUUUGGCACUGUGCAAAGCCCCCACAUCAUGAGGAGAGGCCCCAAAUUAUGGAGUGCCUCCACAGAGUCUCAGGCCAAUGGCAGUCCUCCUGCCUCCCCUGCCAAUGUUCCGAGUCUUCCUCCAGACAAUCGGAAACCCAGCUUUCUGGCCCAGUGGAUGCAGAACAGGAGAGAGCAGGUUAAAAGCUUUUUGGCAAAGCGGGUGCUAAUAGUGUAUUUAUUUAACAAGCUUCCAGAAGCCUCUAGCCAAGCUCUGUUUGCUGACAGCCAAGCUCAUAUCUGGGCUCUCCAAGGACUAUCUUAUCUGGUGGCGUCCUCUUUCUCCGAGGACCGGUUUGGAGUGGUGCAGACUACAUUACCAAACAUUCUCAGCAGCUUGGUAAUCUUGUUAGAGGCUGUUGAUAGACACUUCAAACUGCCCCAUGCCUCCAGCAAACCUGUGAGGACUACCUGCAGUUUUGGUGACUCCACCUACAAAACUCUGAGGUUUGCACUGAGAGCUGCACUAAAGACAUCUAUAUACAGGAUAACUACCACUUUUGGAGAGCACUUGAAUGCUGUGAAGAUAUCAGCAGAACAUCGAAAAAGGCUUCAGCAGUUCUUGGAAUUCAAAGAGUAGUGCACCUCUUUACUUGGAUUUGUUUGUGUGCCUGUCAGGAAAAGAAAAAGUGACAAUGCUUCACAGGACAAUAAUGCAUCUUUAAAAGAUCUGAUACAUGGGGGAAUCGCACUGUACUUUACUCAAGGCCUUAAAGUAUAUUCAUUUAUAUUCUGGUCCUGCACUGUUUCUCAUUGCAAGCACAGUCAUGCUCUAUAAGUUUAUACACAAUAUAAUUCCAUAAUGUGGGAGUAUUGUUUGCAGUUUAUGUGCCCAUGUGCUGAGGGUUUUCAAAAUCAUGGUGGAAAUGGUGUCACUCUUUAUUAGAGUAUAUUUAACUAUUAUGCUCUCUUAAAGAAAGUUGUCAUAAACAGUUACA